AAUCGAGCACAGUAGCAAACAUCAACAAUGACUGGCCGUGGCAAAGGAGGCAAAGGACUCGGAAAGGGUGGCGCCAAGCGUCAUCGCAAGGUUUUGCGUGAUAACAUCCAAGGUAUCACCAAGCCCGCCAUCCGUCGUCUGGCUCGUCGUGGUGGAGUCAAGCGCAUCUCCGGUCUCAUCUACGAGGAAACCCGUGGUGUGUUGAAGGUGUUCCUGGAAAAUGUCAUCCGUGAUGCCGUCACGUACACUGAACACGCCAAGCGCAAGACCGUUACCGCCAUGGAUGUCGUCUACGCUCUGAAGCGUCAGGGACGUACCCUGUACGGUUUCGGAGGCUAAAUUGCAUACGCAUUGCCCCCCUCCUCUCUCAAAACGGCCCUUUUCAGGGCCACCAAA